AUGUGCGGAAUCUUUGCCUACCUCAACUACCUCACUGCCGUCGACCGUCGGACCAUUGCCGACAUCUUGACCAACGGUCUCAAGCGUCUUGAGUACCGUGGAUAUGACUCUGCCGGUUUGGCCAUUGACGGCGAUAGUGACAAGGAGGUCCUGAUCUACAAGGAGGUCGGAAAGGUCGCUGCCCUCCAGAAGCUCAUUAACGAACAGACGACAGUCCAAUGGGACCGCACCUUCACUUCCCACUGCGGUAUGGCCCACACCCGCUGGGCUACCCACGGCCAGCCCUCGCCCAUCAACUCUCACCCUCACCGUUCGGACCCCAAGAACGAGUUCACGGUCGUCCACAACGGUAUCAUCACCAACUACCGCGAGCUCCGUCUUGUCCUCGAGAAGAAGGGAUACGCAUUCGAGUCUGAGACCGAUACCGAGGCUAUUGCCAAGCUUGCUAAGUACAUCUGGGACUCUCAGAAGGGCAACAAGCAGCUUACCUUCACCGAUCUCGUCAAGGGUGUUGUCAAGGAGUUGGAGGGAGCGUUUGCCAUGAUCUUUAAGUCCGUCCACUUCCCCAACGAGAUCGUCGCUACCCGCCGUGGCUCACCCUUGUUGGUUGGUGUCAAGACCCCCAAGAAGCUGAAAGUCGACUUUGUCGAUGUCGAGUUUGGCGGCAUUGCCGAGGAGCGUGAUCUCCCCGGUCAGUUGGAUGCUGCUGCCGCCCCCAUGGCCGGCCUUGAGGUCCCCAAGUUGCGCCGUAGCGAGUCCCGUGCCUUCUUGAGCGAGGAUGGUCUUCCCCAGCAGAUCGAAUACUUCUUGGCCUCAGACCCCUCGGCUGUCGUCGAGCACACCAAGACUGUCCUGUACCUUCUCGAUGACGAUAUUGCCAACAUCCGCGAGGGAGAGCUCCGCAUUCACCGUCUCCGUCGUGACGACGGCAUCUCGUCGAUCCGCUCCAUCCAGACCUUGGAAAUUGAGUUGGCCGAAAUCAUGAAGGGGUCCUUUGACCACUUCAUGCAGAAGGAGAUCUAUGAGCAGCCCGAGUCUGUUGUCAACACCAUGCGUGGUCGCGUCAACUUUGACAGCCACAAGGUCACCUUGGGAGGUCUCAAGACUUACUUGCCCACCAUCCGCCGCUGCCGUCGCAUUGUCUUUAUUGCCUGCGGAACUUCUUACCACAGUGCCCUUGCUACACGCGCAAUUUUUGAGGAGUUGACCGAGAUCCCGGUCUCAACCGAGUUGGCCAGUGACUUUUUGGAUCGCAAGACUCCCAUCUUCCGUGACGAUGUCUGUGUCUUCAUCUCCCAGUCUGGAGAGACCGCCGAUACCAUCCUCGCCAUGAGAUACUGCAUUGAGCGUGGUGCCCUCUGCGUCGGUGUCACUAACACUGUCGGAUCUUCCAUCUCCCGCGAAUCCCAUUGCGGUGUCCACAUCAAUGCCGGCCCCGAGAUCGGUGUCGCCUCCACCAAGGCAUACACGUCGCAGUUCAUUGCGUUGGUGAUGAUUGCCAUCCAACUUUCAGAAGACCGCACUUCGAUGACUGAGCGCCGUAACGAAAUUAUCGAUGGUCUCCACGCUCUCCCUGGACACAUCAAGGAGGUCUUGGCGAUCGACCAGGAGCUUCAGCAUCUUGCCCGCGAUGUCCUUCACAAGGAAAAGUCGCUCCUCAUCAUGGGCCGUGGUUUCCAGAACGCUACUUGUCUCGAGGGUGCGUUGAAGAUCAAGGAAGUCUCGUACAUGCACAGCGAGGGUAUUUUGGCCGGAGAGCUCAAGCAUGGGCCCUUGGCGCUUGUGGAUGAGAACAUGCCUGUGAUCUUGAUCAUGACCCGGGACUCGUUGUACCCCAAGGUCCGGUCUGCGUUGGAGCAGGUCACAGCUCGUAAGGGCCAGCCGAUUGUUAUCUGCAACAAGGGCGAUGAUGCGAUCGGUACCGAGUCCAAGACGAUCCGUGUGCCCCAGACGAUCGACUGUCUCCAGGGUCUGUUGACGAUCAUCCCCUUGCAGUUGUUGUCGUACCACUUGGCUUGCUUGGCCGGCGUCGAUGUUGACUUCCCCCGUAACCUGGCCAAGUCUGUCACCGUCGAGUAA